UCAAUCUCUUCCAGCAAUCACGUGCUAUAAGCUCGGUCCGCACACAAAUUGGAUUGGGGCUGCAAAACCCUCGGAUCACCCAAAAUUUCUAGCCCGCUUCGUGAUUAGACUACAAUUCCCACCCUCCUUCAAACAAGACACUCACGAAAUAAUCUCGACAUUCUGAUCAGCACAAGCAGUCAAAAUGCCGAGCCACAAGUCUUUCCGAACGAAGCAGAAGCUCGCCAAGGCGCAGAAGCAGAACAGACCUAUCCCCCAAUGGAUUCGUCUCCGCACUGGUAACACCAUCCGAUACAACGCCAAGAGAAGGCAUUGGCGCAAGACCCGUCUCGGCAUUUAGAUGCAUUUCUAUAUCCCCAUCUACAACAGGCUACAUCUGUUUCUGGGAAGCCAACCCACCGAAUGCGAUAUGUUAUCAUGCCGGAAUUGAGCGAUUAGGCGGUCUUCAGGGGACGGGUCUCGCAGUGGAGGAUCAAACAUAGACUGGCAUUACCUCGGCGGUGGGAUUUUCUUCCAGGCAGAACACAUGCUGUAUCCUGUGUCAGUAGGGGGGAAAGCAUGAUGGGUGCGGGCGAUUCUCGGUUUUCUUCAGGGCUCAUCAAUUCCAGAUUUGCAUGGUACUGGUCGUAGGGAAUGAAAUGACGGGUUUGCGAACAAAGCAACUACGAUUCUUUUUUGAUGCCAC